AUGGAGGAGACCACUGACGUCGUCAAACGGAAGAUGACUCCUUCAGUUCCGGCUAAUUACGUAAGCAUCCUUCAGCUCCGGGAGCGUUGGAUCAAAGAGAAAGAGCGGAAGCAGCGAAAGGAACAAGAAGAAGCAAAAGAUGAAGAGAGACGAUGUAAUCAACACGCUGAAGAACAGCAAACGAUAGGGGACGAUCUGAAGAAACCACAGGAGGAUCUCGAUGAGAUGUGUUUGAAUCAAACCAAUCAGAAGCACUGGGGCAGGAACACUAAGGAGGAAACGGCGGCGAUCGGGAGCGAGAGAGGUGAAAAUGAGGGAUUACCGGAGAAGAAGAAGAGGGGACGUAGGAAUAGGAAGAAGAAGAGAACAAAUCAAGAGGUCGAAGAGUGUGGAUCAAUCAAGCCGCCAGCUGAGAUGCACACUCCGGUUAAAGAUCAGAUUCGAGUUUAUAAGAAGAAAAGAGAAAAAGCUACGGGAAAGCAAAGAGCUGGAUCUCGAGAGGAAGCUGUGACGGCCAUAGAAACUCAACUUGAGCAUCUUUCUAUCAAAAGAGUCCAAGUAAACAAACAUCAAACCGAUCAGAAGCAUUGGGGCAUGAACAGUAAGAAAGACGAAUCUACUGACGGCGGAGAAGCAAGGUGGGGUGAGGAGGAGGAGGAAACGGCGGCGAUCAGGAGCGAGAGAGGUGGAGCUGAGGGACUACCGGAGAAGAGGAGGGGACGUAGGAAACGAUAUGGUAGGAAUAAGAAGAUAACAACUCAAGAGGUCCAAGAGUGUGGAUCAAUCAAGCCGCUUGAGUACACCGUGAAGGAGAGUACUACUCCUUUGAAAGAUCAGAUUCGUGUUUAUAGGAAGAAAGAAAACAAAAGUGUUGAGAUAGCUGUGGCGGCCAUAGAAACACAAUUUGAGCAUCUUUCUAUCGAAAGAGGCCAAGAAACCAAACAUCUCAAGGCACAAACGAGACAUGAUGUGCCUCUUGGACGUGUUAGAAUGCCGAUCGAGACUGCUACAAUGGUGUGGAUGAAGAAAGGGCAAGAGGAGAGAGCGGUUGAUGGAAAUGGAAGUUGCGUGAAGACCUUCAAUGCUUAA